GCCCGGCGGUGGCGGGGGGGGCGGUGGCGGCAUCAUGCAGCGGGCGGUGGGCAGCCUGCCGCUGGGUCCCGCGCUGCGGGCCAGGUUGGCGGCUGCCGGCUUCCAGACCGCGCAGGAGCUGCUGGACACCGGGCCCUGCGGGCUGAGCAGAGAAAUUGGAAUCUCCAAAGAAGAGGCACUGGAGGCGUUACAGGUUGUAAGGCAGGAAUGUUCUGGCGAUGCAGCAAGGACUGCUGGGGGAGCUGCCACCACCAGAAAGUGCACAGCGCUGGAACUUCUGGAAGAAGAGCAGGCGCAGGGCUUCAUCAUCACCUUUUGUUCGGCCCUAGACAAUAUUCUGGGAGGUGGCGUGCAGCUGACAAAGAUCACUGAGGUCUGUGGAGCGCCUGGUGUUGGGAAAACACAGCUAUGUAUGCAGCUGGCGGUAGAUGUACAGAUUCCAGAAUGCUUUGGGGGUGUCUGUGGAGAAGCAGUGUUCAUUGACACCGAAGGAAGUUUUAUGGUAGACAGAGUAGCGGAUAUUGCAGCCGCCUGUGUGCAGCAUUGCCGGCUAAUUGCUGAAGCUCAUCAAGAAGAAGAUCAUCAGAAGGCUUUGGAGACUUUUUCUCUUGAAAGUAUCCUUUCUCACAUAUAUUACUUCCGUUGCCGUGACUACAUAGAGCUUCUAGCACAGGUAUAUCUGCUCCCAGACUUUCUUUCAGAGCAUUCAAAGGUCCGACUGGUGGUAAUUGAUGGAAUCGCGUUUCCCUUUCGCCAUGACUUCGAGGACCUCUCACUUCGAACAAGGCUUUUGAACGGUCUGGCGCAACAGCUGAUCAUCAUAGCGAAUGAUCAUAAAUCAGCGGUAGUUCUGACAAACCAAAUGACAACAAGGAUUGGACAAAGCCAGUCCACAUUGGUACCUGCUUUAGGAGAAAGCUGGGGACAUGCUGCUACGGUGCGUUUAAUAUUUCACUGGGACAAAAGUCAGAGGUUGGCAACGUUGUACAAAUCACCGAGCCAGAAGGAGUCAACCAUACCAUAUACCAUUACACCUCAUGGCUUCCGAGAUGUGCAGCCUCCAGCUGUCACCCAAAACACGGAAAGUACUGAAGUGAACCCUCGCAAACGGCCACGGAGAGAAGAGGAAAAAUAACCAUGAUUCAAAAGAGAGAAUACAAAAAGGUGUGCUACUUGAAAACAGCUGCAUAGAGAACAGGCAACCAGAGGUAGCCUGAGAGACUCUCUAACUUAAAUUCCUGCUUUUGGACAUUAAAAUAAUGUUAAAACUACAAUAUGAAAAUUUAUGUGGCAGAAAACUCCUUUGUGUGUGGCAUAAUUUUAUAAUAAAAUCUUUUUUAUAU